AUGGCUAAAGAAGGAAGCCUAAAUUUAAAUCCAUUAUACCACAAUUUCAGCCCUAGCCUUACUCGCGGCAUCCAAAAAGAGCUUGAAAGAAUUAUAAAGCAUAGCAAAACUUCUGCAAAAUUGCCUCCAAUGCUUCUUAAAGAAACAAUGCGAUCGAAUACUCUGUCAGAAACAAAAUUUCAAAAAAAUUUUGUACCUUUUUUAUAUGAGCGUGAUAAUAUAGGACGCCUUCUUACUUCGGAAUCAACUUUUCGGAAAACAAAAGACAGGAAUUUAUUAGACAAUUAUCAAGAAGAAACUGAUUCAUGUAUAGUAUUAGCAUGACUUUGCCCCAGGUAUCCCAAGGAAAAAGGGAUUUUUUCAAAAAUUCCUCAAAUAGCUUGAACCCAGUAGCAAUUUGAUCUAUUAUUUGGAGAAUUGGCUUGACCAACAUAAGUGAUGAAAAACUCCCUUGUCAGAACAAGGGGAAAAGACCAUACCAAAACCAUGCUUAGGCUAUAAAAAUAGAAAGAUGAGACUGGUUUUGCCCAAUCGCGACUCAAUUGGACCGAUUUUUGCACAGUAUUAUAGUCCGACUUCUUGGAUUAAAAAAAGCUUUUCCACAAAUAGAAUAAAAAAGGUGAAAAAGAAAGGAAAAGUCUCGAAUAGCCCAGAGUUAGAAGGAAAAAAUAUAAACAUAAGUCCACUACAAAAACAGUCUGCAAAAGCGGUCAAGAAGUACAAGCGGCAAUUGACAGACUUAUUGAGAAAUGUGCCUGAGAAAAAAGAAGACGCAAAAGACUUGCAAAGGUCCAAGUUUGAUAUAUUAAAACCAGAAGUAUUAGCAAAAAUAAGAGCAAAAAAUAGCUUUGGGAGCAUGAAAAUUCAUGGGACCCCAAGCGAGAUUGAAGAAGUCCUGAAAUUUAAUUACAUAAGAGACCGUGAAAAGGAAAUCACAAGCGAGCUCAAAGCAAUUUCAAGUUCCUUGCAGAGGUACAGACUUUCGAAUUAA